AUGUCUGCCAUUGCGAAACGGAUCAGGUCGUUCACCGGCGACGAGUACGUUGCUGGUCUGUGGCGGAGCACCCUGGAGCAAGACUUGAUGUGGAGAACAGUGAGAGAGAGCAAGGCGCCAGAGACGUUCACAUCAUCCGCGAAGAGGGAAGAAGAAGCUGCCCGUGCUGUUCAUAUAGCGCCUUCGGCCGAGGCUUUGUGCAAUGUGCAUGAUUUCCACCUCGAAUACGUCACGGGCGACACAACAGGCCUGAUCAAGAGCGGCUAUCUGCGACUUUGGGGCCAGCUCAGACGUGUUGAGAUGCUGCGUAUGGGGCCCUUUUCUGUAGACAAGUGGAUGAAGGUACAUAAGUGGAAGAUUUAUAUCGGCGGCGAGCUCAUCGAAACCAUGGCCCCGAUCAAAGUAUAUCUGGACUCCCCCACGACGACGGCGUUCGACAGCCAGGACACUCCUACGACACGAUAUUAUCUUCCUACGUUUAAGAGGGUGUAUCGUCGCAUUGGCACUAUGAAAGUGUCCAAGUACUCAUGGAAAGAUGUUGACGAGAUGGAUCCUCGAUUUCUCGCGGCCCAGGAGGACGAGGAAUUUUUCCCUUGUGAAGAAUACCGUGACGGCCAGCAUUUAUUCUCACGCCUCAAAGCCGACGACCAGGCUUCCGAAAUCUUGUACCGCCGCGCCAACCUGCAGCACCUCGUCGACAACUUAUCGCCAUGGGAGCUCGUCGCUCUCAGGACCAUGGUCAACGCAAGAACACCUCAAAUGAGCUCCAUGUCUGACCUCCCCAGCGAGCUCGUCUCCAUGAUUGCUGAGUAUCUGACCACGAAGGAUGCCCUUGCCUGCGCCGCCGUCUCCAAGGGAUGGCGCACCGUCUGGACUGAGCCCUCCGUUGCCAAGCAUCUGGUGACUACUCACUUCCCGGAACUGUCCGCGCUGCUUUCUCUGCCGUCCUCGCAUCCGUACGCCAGUGAUUCACCGUGGAAAACCUUCGUCACCGCCGCAGGCAAGACAAUACCCCGCAUCGAUGGAAGGUUCGUCUCCACGGUCGCCGUGAGCGAGAUGCUCUACGAAAUUCUGCAGACCAAAACAUUCGAGAUGGACGAAAAGACCGUCGCGUACGUUGAGGGCGCAAUCGAAAGAGGCUCCCGUCCUUCGGAGCACACCGAGAGGCACUUUGCAUACUCCAGCGGGCGCCUGGCCUGGCAUGUUGACCCCUAUGCUAUAUUCAUCGACGAUCUACGCAGAACAACCAGAUCCCUUGUCGCGAUACCGGAUCUGGUGGAAAAGGGUGAGAGGGAUUUUGUCAUCUGGACCAUGACUGAGAACAUUAUCAUCUUCGUAGACCGCGCUACCGACCGCACCAUGAUCGUGUACCACAUGGAUAAAAAGGAGUUCCGACGCGUCACCCUCCCAAAUCGCGUCAAGAGAAUCACUGCCCAUGCAGAAGCUGCAGUGCUUGAGUUUUCCAUCAACAACCCAAUCUACGCCGUUCCGCAUGUGUUCCGCUGGGGAGUCGGCCUCGCGAAGCUGCAACUCCUUCCUUUUACGAGAGAUGCUGAGGAUUAUGAAGAGGUGGACAUUGACCGCCCAGAGGGUUUCAUGUUUCAUCCUACUGAAAGCAACGUGAUCUACUACUUUGCACAUGGAGAGGAAGAUCCGUUUCUAGAAGAUUCCGUGGAUAGCGAGCUUCAACUCGCCAUUACCGUGUACAAGUUUGUGGAUUUGAAGUACACCAAGUCGUUCCGGCAUGAUUUCCAUUUACCUAUAUGCGUGUCAAACCCCGAUUGUGGCUUUGUAUACGUUCGGUACGGCGAGCCAAUCACGUCACACGGGCUCUACGGCUUAGUCCAAGCUAUUCCCGAUGAAAUGGCGACUCCUGACCUUCCCGUCUUCCGGUACAACUUCGACACGCUCACGGAGACGUUUUCGGAAACCGUCGAGUUGUACAAGCUCGGCAUGCGGCGGCCCGUAUGGGGAAGGCCCGAUGGCAGCCCGGAGACGAGCGGCGGCCGCAGGUGGAACGGACAGACAUAUUACCUGCAGAAAUGGCGGCCGCACGAGGACGGGCCCAGGAUCUACCAGUUCACCGAAUGGGCCGGGAAGGUCUGGGGCUACAGUGCGGUAUGCGUGGCCGACGAGUCUUCAACUCUGGUCUUGGGCCCGCUGCACGAGAAGGUCUUCUACGACGGUUUGGGAAUCGAAGAAAUCGCCGUCGACGACGAGUUUGUAGUCGGGAUGAGCCCCAUGGGCUACAUGGUCUGGAACUUUGGGGUGCGGGGCGCAGACCGCGAGCCGUGGCAGCUCAACGACGCCUCGUCUCCCAUGCUGACGCGGUACACUGACGCCGAUCGCCAGUGCCCUAUCAAAGGCUGCAAAGGCCCGGGGUCCGCGAAGGCGUGCUACAUCUGCGGGAUUAUGGCUCGCGAUAUGGAUCAGAUCUCGGGUGUGUAUGCUGCCAUGCAAUCUGCAUUCCAUACGGCUUGGCCUCCGGCAGGUGGCAAUUCCGAUUACGACGAUGAAGAUGAUGAAGAUGACGAUGACGACUUUGAUGACGACCUCAUGUACGGCGAUGAUUUUGAUUGA